GCCUGUUUUGUGAUUUUUGUGAAUAAUAAUCGGGCGUAUUGAUGCUCAUCUAAAAAGAGAUUUUGCGUUAUUGAAUAGUUUCGGUAGUACAAUUAAAUUGACAAAAAAAUAAAGUGAUCGUUUUAGGUAUUCCCUGCAGCUAAGAGAAUAGUAGCAGUGAUAUAUCUAUAAAAUUGUAUAGUUGAAUACAUACUGAUUUGGUAUUUUAUUUUCUUCUACAUGUAAAAGUAUAAUUUAUAAUUUAUAUAUGAAUCUUGUGAAUAAUGUAUGAUUCAUAUUUGCAUUUUGUGUUGUAACUUACCAUUGAAGCAUUGUUAGUAUAAUAAUGGCUGAUUUAAUUCGAGCUAUGGGGGCGCCGAUCGGACCCCCUAUAAAGGACAAGUUAGGAUCGCCUUCAACAGAAUCUGAGGAUGGUGGUGGAGAUAUAGCGGAAUUAACAGCAGACUUAGAGCUUGAUGAAGCUGACGGACCGAGUACUAACGGUGAGCGACAGGCUGUUCUUGCUCCUCCAGAAAGUGAGUGGUACCAUGGAAGGCUUGAUAGAUAUACUUCUGAGGAAAGACUGUGGGCUACUGGAAAGCAUGGAAGUUAUUUAGUCCGAGAAAGCGACCGAAAGCCGGGCUCGUACGUAUUGAGUUAUUUAGGACGUACUGGCAUUAACCACUUUCGAAUAACAGCAGUAUGCGGCGAUUACUACAUAGGAGGCCGUCAAUUUGAUUCCCUCGCAGAGCUAGUGGGUUUCUACAGCCAUUGUUCGGACCUUUUGAAACGCGAGCGUCUCGUCGAGCCGGUUCCUCCGCCUGAACCUGUCAACGAUAAAAAGCGCGUGGUGGCUAUUUUACCCUACACGAAGAUGCCAGACACGGACGAGCUCACAUUUCAGAAGGGCGACAUUUUCUUCGUUCACAACGACAUGGGCGACGGGUGGCUCUGGGUCACUGCACAUAGGACGGGAGAGCAAGGAAUGAUCUUCAGGGAGUUAGUGGAGGACUUAGAUCCAUCAAUCGAUCCCAAUACUGUUUUCUCUUGGUUCCACCCAAAUUGUACUAAGAGUGAGGCAGUUGAUAUGCUGGUCAAAGCAGGACCAGGAAGCUUCUUGGUCAGGCCUUCGGAUAACUCUCCCGGGGAUUACUCCUUGUUCUUCCACAUAAACAACCAAAUCCAAAGGUUCAGGAUCGAGAAGAAGGGCGUGCGGUACUUAAUGGGCGGCAGGACGUUCGAGUGUUUGGACGCCGUCAUCAAUAGAUAUAGGAAGGAGCAGAUUGUGGAAGGACACACAUUGGGACAACCUCUCAUUGCUGAGGGCCAUCAAAUUGAACCACAACAAAGCACAACAGGCGCUGCGGCUGAAAAGAUAUACGCAACUCUACGGGAGUGUCGAGAUCAAAUCGGUCUGAAAAAGAUGAAGGGUAUCAAGCACCAGGGCUAUUUACAUAAGAAGUCGGACAAGGGGGCCAAGAAGUGGAAGGCGUUAUACUUCGUGUUGCUGCAGGAGGGAACGGACACGCAUCUGUAUUUCUACGACUCGCCAAAGAGGACGAAGCCGAAAGGAUUGAUUGACUUAUCCUGCGCUUAUUUGUACCAGGUACACGAGUCGCUGUGGGAGCGCGAGUUCUGCUUCCAGCUGGUGGAGCGCGCUCUGCCGUGCCUCUCCACGCACACGUUCCUCGCCGCGGCGUCCGCCACCGAGCUGCGCGGCUGGCUCGACGCGCUGCGCCCGCUGUGCGUGCCGCAACAGGCGAGGCAUCAGUCUAAAGUGUCGCGCGUGGUGUGGCUGCGCGCGCUGCGCGUGCGCUGCGUGACGGCGCACCGGCUGCCCGCGCGCCUGGCGCCGCGCCCGCACCUGCGGCUGGCGCUGGGCGCCGCGCCCGUCGCGCGCACGCGCCCGCGCCCCUCGCCCGACCCCCACUGGGACGACGAGUUUGUGUUCGAUGAUGUGCCACCAGAUGUCACCUCAUUCACUAUUACGGUACACAAUACUGGGAAAAGAGGCAAAGAAUCUGAGGUUGCAGAAUUGACCAUCGAGUUAGCAAAUCUGGCGAACGGUGAAGAAGUAGAAGAGUGGUAUCCCCUUGCUGGUAUGACUCCUAUUGGAGAAUGGGGAUCGCUAAGACUACGUAUUAGAUAUAUGCAAGAACUAGUCAUGCCUCGGGAAGAAUACAACCCCCUUCGACAACUGCUGUUGGAGCCCGGCUUGCCCGCUGUCAAGGCGCUCGCGGACCUGUGUAGGACGGAUAGACAACCUCUUGCUACGUCGGUGUUGCACGCGUUCUCGGAGUGCGGGCGCGGCGCGGAGCUGGCGCACGAGCUGGCGGCGGCGGAGGUGGCGCGCGAGCCGGACCACCGCGCGCUCUUCCGCGGCGCCUCGCUCGCCACCGCCGUGCUGGACGAGUUCAUGCACGCGCUCUGCAAGCCCUUCCUGCAGGCGGCAAUUUCUGAAACAGUACAGAAGUUGAUCGAUGCGAAGCAGUCUGCUGAACUCAAUCCUACCAAAAUGGAUUCACCCGAAGAUGCUUGUAAUAAUGCUGAGUUUUUGCUUAUGAUUCUAGAUCAGGUAAAUCAACUGAGUUCAGUGCAAGACCCUGGGAAUGCACAAACUAAUUCAAACAAUAACUUUGAUAUCGCAAAAGAACUGGCCACCAUCCAUCACAUCUGCGUAUCCCACCUCAGCGAGCUACAGAACCUGGCCAAGAGCCAGCCGGCGAUACGCAAGCUGGUGACCGUCACCGAGAUGCUGACUAAGCACAAGCACAAGUACCUCGAGAUGAUCAGAUAGGAUACGCCUUUAUGUAACACAGGGUAAAAAGCAUUAAUGAAAGCAGUAGAGGUAGUGUCUAGAAGAGUUCCUCGGGACUUAGUCGUACUCGUGUAGUCAUUGUUAGCUUUAGCAUUGAUUUUACUUCCUACGAAUACAAACCUAUUUGGGCCUGCAUUUAUACUGUCACUCGGUUUGAAAUUUAGUACAUUACUCGAUAUGUUAAUACGUACUGUGGUAUGGUUUUGACUUAUAGAGAAAUGUAUGAUAUCUUAUGUCUUCGAAACGGCAUCGGUCCGUGCGCUAACGUGCCAAAUGUAUUCGUUAAUAUUUAUUGUAUUGCAAUAUCACAAAGACGAGUGAUACGAUUCCUUUUAUAAAUUAUCUCUAUUCUAUCUGUUUCUUUUUUAUUGUCUAUAUAUUAUCAUAUGACCUAACAUUGAAUGAUAAUUAUGUGAAGGAAGUAUAACAAUUAUUUUACUCCGCUGUGUUGGUUCAUUAUUUGAAUUCGAACUAUAUAUUUUAAAUAGACUUUAAAUAUCUUUCCAUUUAAAAAAGUCAUGAUUUUGUAUCGUACUUUAUCGUCUUUAUGAUAUUGCCGUACUGCACACUUGUAAUUCCUUUAUAAGUAUUUAACGUUUUUUUCACUGCCUAUUACAUUUACGUAAAAUAGCUCUCUAGUGUCUAAGUCGUAUUUAUUGCUAGCCGUUUGUUUAGUAUACGGAAUUCUUGCUUACAGUUGUUUCCGUGGCGUUGUUAAACUGGUGUUGAGUUUUUGUAACAAUAUAGAAUUUCAAAACUUAUGGGGUAUCGGUAAGAUUUUAUACAACCAUUUUACACCACAUACCUCGCUAGAUCGUAUUGAUAUACAUAGUUAUUGUAUUUCAUGAACACUUGACAACAUGGGCCUACCAUCAUUACAUUGUAAAACGACAGAAAAAAACAAUUUUUAUUCAUUUAAUACUAGAAUUUUUAAAAUUGACAUAAACAUUGAAAAUACUUCUUUUGUACGACUUCGAACUUAUUCUAAGAAUAAAUUUAAUUACACACAUUCAUUAAGUCUUCAUCAAAUACAUUGUCCUAUGAUGUAACAAUUAAUGGGUCUGAUUUUUAAAUAUCCAAAAUUUAUAUGACUUGUAUUUAUAAAACACCUAAUGGGGAUUUUGUUAAGAUGUAUCGUUUAGAUUUAGGCUAUUAGAAGUAAGAUGGUAUUCGGUCGUCAAUCGUGAAACACCAAAAAGUGUAAGUGAUUAAAUGUUUGGGAUGUGGCAGUUGGUGUAGGUUCGUUCUCUGAACAUUUCACGUUUUCUACGCUCCGCACCCUCCUUUAAUUAUUGUUCUCUCUGUGAUAAUCGAAAAAAAAAAACAAAUGUUUUUAUUUUAAAAUUGCGUCACAUAAUACUACAUUUCAUUGU